AUUCCAGCAGAAAUUCAUCUGCACAAAGAAGCGAUCGAAAGAGGUUUUCCGGGUCCCGUGCUGAAGAGACUGUUUGACGCUAGACAAGUUUGGGAAGUGUGUGCUCCGCGUCAGCAACUGUCGGUGGCCUACUCGAGAAGUUGGCUUCGCCGUAUUCUGUCUCCGUCUUCUUCCGUUUUCCGUCUGAUACUCGAACUCCACGCUCAGCCCUGGCCCUGUGACAGACAGAGCAACUAUUUGCAGGCAAGAAGUCCACAUUCAGAUUUACUUCCCUGGUUCAGUUUCUCGCGUGUAUAGUCGACGAAUUACUGAGCACUGGGUGGAGUCGCCCUGUCGGCGAAACGAGUCCAGUUUGCUGUGCUGUCGACCAGUUUUCUUUCAGCUGUGUUUACCGCUUAUACACGCUUCACUCGGCAGCGUCGCUUCUGAAGCAUUCCGUUCCCCUCUCUUGUGGACCGGCCGCUGUUUCUGAGAAAGCCGCGCGAUAGUAGAUCGUCGAACUUCCUCCAACUUCGCAACGAUGGUCAAGUACUGCGGCGCCAAAAAGUGCGAUCUAAUUGAUCUUCUCAACUCCGCGACCACAUCAAGAGAACGCAACAAGGUCGUGAAGCAGCUAAAGAAGUUCGAUCCGUGCCCGAGAAAGGAUCUGGAUGUGGAAUUCGACGCAAAAGACUGCAGCUGCAAAAAGUACAACCAGACGCAGUACUACAUGUGCUGGAGGUGCGACAAACCAAAGACGACGACGGUCAAAGUCAUGUGGAACAGUCCUAAAGGUCUGAAAAUAAUUUGCAACACAUGUUACUUCGCUUUGAGUGCGAAUGCGGACCUGGAGAGAUCCAGGAAGGAAAACGCCCAGUACUAUGAUUUCAUGAAGAAGAAAUAGACACAGCGUUUUCGAAUAUCUCGUUUCCUAAGCCUAUCAAGGUGCGUUACCAUCUUACUGAGUCUGUCUCAGACGUCACUUUGGUUGUCUUUGGCUCUAUUUCGUUGUGUUCUUUCUGGAGUUUACUGCAUCCCUGACAAACUAAUUUGGAACUAAUUGUCAAAAUCAGGUGUACCAUACAGUGACGUCUAUAGUGAUGCUUUUGCAGAGGCAUCCUAACCCAGGCGUGUUGCU